ACGAGCAGUUUCAAUGCUGGGGAAAGUUCUUCCCUCUCAUCAACUGAUGCAUUUCUGUGAAGGAUACCUUCAAGAUUACACAGCCACUGCUCUUUCCUCGACCUGCUAUACCUAAAAUUUGCUUUUUAGAACAACAGUUCAAUAUAUUUGAACAUUUUACACAAGAUGAAUUCUGCUGUUCUUUCCUUUUUUCUUUUUGGGUUUCUCAUAAGCUCUGGUUUGGCAACCAGACAUGAAGAGGGUUCCUGCCAGUCCCAAUGGGUUAACAACGACCACUCUGGAUGUAGUUUAACAUCCAAACAAGGUGAAGAUGUCUAUGAGGAACUUUGGGUUCAGAACAUGGACAUUGCCGAAAAAACGUUCAACGUUGACUUUCUAAUCCAUAUGCAAAACGGUAUCCUUGAUGCGUUUCGCUUUGUCAAGUUUACUCUGCAGGACAUUUUGUACCUGCAAGUGGUGACUAACAUGCUGAAAGAGGUGAGUGAGAUGCCCGGGCAGCCAGAUGACCUGAGGGAAUUCAUUACAGGAAGAUACAGAAGCUACAAGAGAUUUCUUCAGUCUUGUGAAAGUGACUUCUCACUUGCGGAUACAAAAUCCAUCCAACCAACACCAGCCAUUGAGAAGUACCUGAAUUCCUACAAGAAUGUGAUGAAUACUGAAAAAGAUACUAUUUACUUCACUGUGGCUCUCCUGCCGUGCUCCAGACUCUGGGUCUGGCUGGCUCAAAAUCUGAAGAUGGAGAAAAAUAAUGCCUACAUCCAGUGGAAAAUAGAUAAUAUUGGGGGCCAUCCUGAGAAAUAUCAACCCAUUCUGAACAAGUAUCUGAACACAACGGAAAAAGCGCAAAAGGCCAACAACAUCUUCCGCAUGCAAAUGCAGAAUGAGCAUGACUUUUUUUCCACUUCUUGAUUGAUUUCCUAUUAAUUGAGAAAUAUCGGUGGCCAUAAGGUUCCUUCUGCCCAAUCCAAGUUUACGCAUGAGUUUUUGACUUGAAAGCUUCAAAUGUGAGUUAUAAUUAUUUCAAUAUACAGGUUUAAGAUUAAUAUAACUUAAUAUUAAU